AUGCGUCCUGCGAGUCCCGAACACCCCGCCCAGAGUUGUCGACCCCUUUCUUGUGACCCGUCCUUCCCCCGUGUAGUUCCGUUGGCGGCCCAGGUGCCAGACAACGGUCUUUCUUUUAAAGUUGCCCAAUGUAGCUUGCGGUUCGAAUUUGUGUUGCGACUCUCUGGCGUUGUGGGAGGGCCACUUGGCCCGAUUCGACUGCAGGAGCUCUUGGAUUGGCUCCGCGAGCAUUCCGAACGCCCGGACGAGCUGCUGGGGGACCUCGCCCGUCACGGCCUCGAGAACGUGGCGAUGGAGUGGUGCGCCAGUGGCCUGGUCGACGACGAGCAGCUCGACUAUCUUGAGGAGCUCUGCGGCCGCCUCCUCCCCAAUGAGGCGCGCGCAGCACGUCGGCGCCCCGCCGCGCGUGCGGCGCCCGGCGCGGCUGGCGCAGGCGCGGCGCCCUCGGGUCCCUCUGGGAGCUCGAGCAGCGGCGCCGGCGCCAGCGGCGCCAGCGACGCGGCGAAGAUCCGGGAGGUCCGGGAGGUCGUGGGCACGGAGUACGGCGACGGCUUCGUGUUGCAGUGCCUCCUGCACUACGGCGGGUCGGUGCCGUCCGUGGUCGGCCACAUCCUAGACGGCUCGCUGCCGCCGCAGCUGACAGCGCUGCCCAAAGGCAUGAAGCUCGGCGACUCGUCGGAUGCUGGCCAGCCUGGGGACACCGGCGGAAAGCUCUCCGCCGAGGAGAAGCGGCGGAUCAUGGACCGGAACGACCGGAUGCUCGUCGAGGAGAGGGAGAAGGCCGAGCGCGCGCGAGCCAUGAAGGCUGGCGAGAUCCCUCCAGACAAGCCAGACAAGGCCCGCACGCUGUCCGCCAAGGGGUACGCCAGCUUGUACGACGACGACGCAGACGAGGACGCCCUCGUCGCGCCGGCGUUCCGCGCCGCCGCCGGCGGGGACGACGAGUCGGACGAUUCUGGCGAGGACGGAAGUUCCAGCUCCGGGGAGUUCGACGACAGGUGGGGCGGCGACAAGGGGAAGGGCAAGGGAAAGGGCAGGGGCAAGGACAAGGGCCCGGUGCAGGGCCAGACCAUCCAGGCGAGAAGGAAGGAGGAGAACAAGGCCCGGGUGGCCAACCACAACCGCCGCGCCGGCGCGAUGGCCAAGAUGCGCAAGGGCAUGCUCUGA